AUGGUGAUGGACGUCGACGAGCCGAUACCAGCCACUACUUCGCAACAAGCCAAUUCUGAAUGCGACAUGGACACGUCGGAAGGGCCGAUUGAACGCGAUCAGAACUUCGAUGCCACUGAAGAGAUCCAGUGGAAAUUCAGCCAAGUGAAGGGAAACAUCGACGCAGAUGGUGUUCACACUGAAGCUGACGUCAUCUCGUGUGUCGAGUUUUCACACGACGGCGAAUACUUGGCGACGGGUGACAAAGGCGGCCGAGUAGUGAUUUUCCAGAGGGAUCAAAGCGGAAAAUAUGUGAAGGGAGCCCGUUCGCGAGAGUACAAUGUGUAUUCAACAUUUCAAUCACACGAGCCCGAAUUUGAUUAUCUGAAAUCGCUAGAAAUCGAUGAAAAGAUUAACCAAAUCCGUUGGCUUAAGAAGAAGAAUGCGGCGAAUUUCAUCCUGUCGACGAAUGAUAAAACAAUAAAAUUGUGGAAGAUCAGUGAGCGCGAGAGAAAAAUCGCCGAAGACGCCUGGAAUCUGCCAAGGACGAAUCGUGUCAAUGCCUCCUCGUUCCGCGGAAAAUUACAAAUCCCGUCGAUUGUUCCGAUGGAAUUGAUAGUUGAAGCUAGCCCGAGACGAGUUUACGGCAAUGCCCACACUUACCAUGUCAAUAGUAUUUCUGUCAAUUCGGAUCAGGAGACAUUUUUGUCUGCCGAUGAUUUGCGUGUAAAUUUGUGGAAUUUGGAGAUUACCAACGAGUCUUUCAACAUUGUCGAUAUCAAACCAACAAAUAUGGAAGAAUUGACCGAGGUAAUAACUGCUGCUGAAUUCCAUCCGACUCAGUGCAAUUGGUUCGUUUAUUCGUCGUCGAAAGGUUCGAUUAGGUUAUGCGAUAUGCGCGAUCGUGCUUUAUGCGAUGCGUACGCCAAAAUUUUCGAAGAACCAGAAGAUCCACAAACCCGCUCAUUCUUUUCUGAAAUCAUUGCGUCCGUAAGCGACGUGAAAUUCUCGCAUAAUGGUAGAUAUUUGCUCACAAGAGAUUACUUGACUGUUAAGGUAUGGGAUUUGAAUAUGGAAUCGCAGCCGGUCGAAACUUAUCCGGUGCACAACUAUUUGAGGACGAAACUGUGUGCUCUUUAUGAGAACGACUCGAUUUUCGAUAAGUUCGAAUGCGGCUGGAGUGGUGAUGACAAACACAUUCUUACGGGCUCCUAUCACAACUUGUUCCGCACGUACGCUCGUGGAAGAACUGACGAGGCGAAGACGUGGGAAGCGCGGCCACAAGAAUGCCACAGUGUGCUCAAAUCUCGCACUGUUGUCGCUUCUGGAAAGCGAAAACGCACGACGACACAGAAUGAUUCGCCCGACGAGGAUCUGCUAUCGGAUCAACUUCAAUUCGAGCGUAAGAUUCUGCACACUGCGUGGCAUCCGAAGGACAACAUCAUCGCACUAGCAGCUACGAACAACCUCUACAUCUUCUCGGAUGUUUAG